GGCGCGAUCCGUAUAAAACCGGGCUGCACAGUUACUAGUGUAACAAUAAUCUUCUCUGGUGCUCCAUUGCGAAGAACUUCGGUUAAGUAUAUAAUUUAGUUUUCUACACUUGCGGAUCCGAGCAUCAACAUGAAGUGCGCCGUGAUUUUAUGCGCUGUUCUUAUUGGCUACGUCCGCGGCCAGUUGGUGGCCACUACGCAGUCGCCACAGCAGCCGCCCAACUGCGUUUGCACACAGCCGACCAAUAUGGUGGCCAGUUCCAAUUCGAAUUCCGCCAGUAAUGGAAUGGGUGGAAUGAGAGGAAUGGGUGGAAGGGGACAUAAGUCGAAGGGAAUCUGCACCAAUCUAAAUCAAAAUUAUACGACCCGUUGUGAUCUGGUCAACGCCAUGGCGCUGAAUCAAGGACUGGGUACGCGUCCAUGCCGCACCAACAUGACCAUGUCGAACAAUCAAGCAAUGCAAAACGGGAACGGCAUGAGAGGCCAGUGGAAGCAGAACGGGGGCAGUCAACGCCAAAUGCCCGUCUGCUUCACCAACAACCAGUCCGGAUCUUACACACACCAAGAUCUCAACACAUUCCUGCAGAGCAAUCCCACGGUCGGCAUCCGCUGCAAGCAAGCCUGUCCGUGUCCGGCUCUGCAGUGUCCCCGUCAGCGUGGCGGUGGACGUGGCCGAUGGCAGCAGCAGUAAUAACCGGACACUCCGCAAUACUCUAAAGAAUAGCUGGAGAGCAGAGUCUUUAUCCGUGUGAUUUCUUCUAUUUGAAAAUUAUAAUCAGUCAUUUUCGUUGAACUUAAGCAUUGAUCGGACUACCGUUACACGGUUGGUGUGCCAUCUGCCAGUCAUCUGAGGCAUACACUGCGCUUUAUUUAUGGACAGAUUUUCUGUUCUUUGAUGCCUUUUUCUUGUCGCCGUUGUCCCUGUAGCCGGAAGGAGUUGCCUUGCUCUAAUCGUAAAUGACUGAAAUGUAGAAAUAAAUUAAAUUUCUAUGCAGGAGAAAA